UUUCGUCUUCUUGGCAAAAAACUCAGGGGGAAAAGGAGAGUACAAGUCCCGCCCAAAUUGGGGAUGACGACGAUGAUGGUGGUUGAUCCGGUGAAACGAAUCUGCGAUGAACUUGGAGUGUGUAAUGAAGAAGCAAUCUGUUACCUCGACGGAUUCCAGUGGAAUUUUGAUUCGGCGAUGGAGGCUUGCCGUAGCCAAACCUUGCCGGUCCCGUUACUCACGGUUCAAUCUUUGCCGGUGAACGAGAAAUCCGCUUCGAAGGCGACUUCUACACCGCCGAUAAUGAUCGAUUCACUUCGGAGUUCGAAUCUUCCAGAUGAACAGUCGAGAAAUCAACUUAUCAGACGAGUUUGCGAAGCGGCUGCUGGAGCGGAAGUAGAAGACGCAUACGCUUACCUAUCGCGCAGCAAUUGGAAUAUAGAUCUAGCCGUCGGCUAUUUCUACGACCAGCGCCGUCCAACGCCUCCUCAGGGGAAACGUCGAAGAUAUAUUUCAACACCGCAGUUUAAACAACUCAGAAUCGGGAGCUCUUCUUCUGAUUCGAUGGAGAUUGACUCGACAGGAGGACAUAUCCCUGAAGCGAAGGAAAGAGGUAGUGGUUGGCCACCGGUGGAGAUUUGGAUUGAUCGAGCCUGCAGUGAACCCAAUGUGUCUCGAGAAGAAGCACUCUUUUACCUUGAGGGAUUCAAUUGGAAUUUUGGUCUGGCUGUGGAGGCUUGCCGCACCAAAACCUUGCCGGAGGUUUCAGUGAGGGAGGAAUCUGCUGAGGCUCCGUCGAAUUUUCCAGAGCAACCGUCUCAGUUGAAUGAAAAACUCAUCUCCUCAUUCUGCGAUGCGGUUGGUGGAGCGACUAGAGAGAAAGCAAUCUAUAUCCUUCAACUCUCCAACUGGAAUAUAGACCAAGCCGUCGGCUGUUACUUUGAUGGGUUUGAUAUUGGCACCAGAGGUCUGCCUAGUUUGAUGGACGUUGAUCCGACCGAGCCAGAAAGGUUGCUCAAAGAGGCUGGUGAAGAAAGCGCCGCAGUAGCUAUUCUUGGACUGGCGUCGUCUCAAGUGGAUGGUAAGGCUGUUGAGGAAGAUUCAAGCACUGAGACAUUCCCUGAUCCUGUUGCCUUCCAAGACAGAAUAGUUUUGGGGCCUCGAGCUGGGCGGACUACUAUUACAAUAACUAUCAUCUUGCCCGAUGGUAGGUCCGUAAAUAUUCCUUUUAGAUCCAACCAAAUCGUCAGAGACAUCCGCGAUGCCAUUGACGAGCUAACACCAGACAACGACAGAGACUACUUUUUGCAAUCAAUGGCUGGAGUAGAUUAUAUGGACUCGAAUAUAACUGUACACGAGAUUUCUGCGGGUCGGUCCACAACUCUCCUCCAGAUCUACCUUAAUCCGUAGCUUUGUUUUUGCACAGUUUCCAUUGAUUGAUGAAAGAGAGUGGAGAGAGAGAGAUGUAUCAUAGGACUAGGCUUUGGGAAUGAUUCUUGCCUUGUAUAGAAAAGAAAAUAAUAGAGCAGAGCAAAGCAAAGCAUACUUGUUUCUUUUUUUUUUGGUGAGCAUAUUUGUUUCUUAUAGCUUCGAUUAGCCAAACAUAGAGAGAUUAAUGAAACAUAGAGAGUUUUGAAACA